AUCGGUUUUGUCCUCCCUUUCUUCUUGCGGAGCUUUCUCGGUUCUUCUCGUCUCUUAUACUUGUCCUUUCAUUCUCCCAGAGCACGCUUCAUAUUACUCAAAAUGGGUUGGUUCUGGGCUGAUUCGCAACCAAAGCCGACGCCGGUGGCUCCGAACCCUAUGGCAUCGUCUAAUGCUUCUCCUCCUCCGGGAUGUCCGAUGCAUGUUGCAAACUCUUCUCCUUCUCCACCGCCACCUGUUCGCAACGAUGACACUCCAAGCGCGUGUCCUGUCCGAUCUAAGGACUCUCCCUUCUACACAGCGCCUACCUCCAAGCCUGCGCACUCUCCUGAGCCUGCCUUUGCAGAGAGCAAGUCGACACUGUCCAAACUGAAUCCGCUGAACUACAUGUUUUCGUCUAUUUCCCAAGAACGGGCACCGAAUCAAACCGUUGAUCUACCCAUCGAUCGAGAAGAGUCUACAAUCCCCAGAGGCGACAAGGCAGGCAACUGGGAAUACCCUUCUCCCCAGCAGAUGUACAAUGCCAUGUUGCGGAAAGGCUACACGGACACCCCUCAGGACGCUGUAGAGUCGAUGGUUGCCGUUCAUAACUUCUUGAACGAAGGCGCCUGGGAUGAGAUCGCCGGCUGGGAACGUGUAUUCUCCAAGGGCCUUCUGAAAGGAUGGGAGAAGUGCCGGCGUGGGGAGGAAAAUAUUUCGCUCGACGCAUUUAGGGAGCAGAUGACUGAGGAAGCUACGGAGGAGAAUUCGCCAUAUCUCAUCAGGUUCCAAGGCCGACCGAAAGAGUUGACUCCUAAGGCGCAGAUGCUUCAAGCGCUGAGUUGGAUGUUUCCAUCAAAAUAUGGAACUAGCCCACCUUUCGAUCGACACGACUGGUACGUGAUGCGGAAAACACCGACAGGUCCGAAGGAAGUUCGUUAUGUUAUUGACUAUUAUUCGGGUCCCCCGGAACCCACGGGAGAGCCAGUUUUCUUCUUGGAUAUCAGACCAGCUGUUGAUACACCAACAGCCGCGGUUGAGCGGCUGAUGAGAUGGGGAGGAGAUGUCUGGUGGCGGGCUAGUGGAGGGGUUGCUCGAGAGAACAAGUAGAAUUGAUACUCGUUCCAUGCCCUCCGCUUAUUCCAUCUUGUUUCACUGCUUCGACAUUCUCUGCUGCUUCUCCACUCUCCAUUAUUUACUAUAGACAGGGCGCAGGCGUCUGAUAUGUUUUCCACUGGGAAUUGUCUUCUUGUAUAACUUUCUCCUGUAUUAUGCAUAAUCUCUUCUGUUGGUGUUUGAUUUUUGCCGUUUGCUUAAGCGAACAUGUGACGGUGUUCCUAGGCUGCUUGGUUUGAAAUGAGUUAUGCUCUUGUUACUUUCUCACUCCCUUUGUAUUUGGGGGGAAUAUAUGUAUUGAUAUGAUCUAUUCAGAAGUUCUAU